CUACACGUGAUUACAGCCCCAGCCAGACCACGCAGUGUUACUGGGUGGCUCAAUAAUGAUGGCCUCUGUGCGGGCGGCGAAGCAGGCUCUCAGGGCAGACCUGAAAAAACGACUAUCAGCUCUGAGUUCCGAGGAGAAAAUACGACAAUCCCAAGCAGUAACACAAAAGAUACUCUCCCAUAGCAGAUAUCAGACUGCUCAACGUGUUGCCAUUUUUUUAAAUAUGCAAGAUGAAAUCCAGACUGGGGACAUCAUUGAUGAUAUUUUCAAACAAGGCAAAAUAUGUUUUAUCCCACGUUACAAGCCCCGUAGUAACCAUAUGGAUAUGGUAAGGCUCAGUUCAGUACAGGAAAUACAGCAGCUUCCAAUGACCUCCUGGAACAUCCGCCAACCUUCUGAGGAGGACAGCAGAGAGGAGGCUCUGUCUACUGGGGGACUGGAUCUUAUGCUGGUACCUGGACUUGGAUUUGACAAGGAAGGUCACAGAUUGGGCAGGGGUAAAGGUUAUUAUGACACGUUUCUGGAGAAAUACAACCAGUUGCAUGUUGGACAACCAUACACAAUUGCGCUGGCAUUUCAAGAGCAACUCUGUGAAUCUAUCCCAGUAUCAGAAAAUGAUUUUGCAAUAGAUGAGAUUAUCUGUGCAGGUGACCUGGAUGUUCUCAAAAAUUGAUUGCUAAAGACAGAGGGAACAAACAAAAUAUGCACCUAUCAUGUGAUAUUAUUCAGACGGCAGAAAUAAAUCUUUAUAUUUUUUUCAAA